AUGAAUUCUACAGCUUAUGGACCAUUUUUAUUUCUAAUAAUUAUUAUUAGUAUUUGUUCACUAUCAAAUGCUUGGUCAUCAUACGAUAAACGAAAGCGUCGUGAUGAUUCUGAAACAUGUUUAGAAGAAUAUAGAGAAUUACGUGUUCGUUCAUCUCAAGAUUAUUUGAAUGAUUUUGUUGAUGACUCCGAUGAAGAUGAUGAUUCAGAUCAAGCGAAUUUUAUUUCAAAAAAAUCUAAUUAUUCGAAUCCAAGUGAUGAUGUAUCACAUUCCCUUGAGCCUAUUAAUAACGACAGUGGUCAAGAAGACGACGAUGAUGAUGAAAAUGAUCCAAUGGUAAGAGAAAGUGUAUGUGAAGCAGCAAUGGACAACUAUGGUUCAAUCAUUGGUGCUCCUUAUCGCUGGCGACGUCGACGUUCAAGUUCAUCUCCAUUACCAAUCAAUGCAUAUUCACUAGCAAAAUAUUGUCCUGGUGGUCAAGAAAUAAAGGAAAUGAGUGAAGAAAAUGAAAAUAAUUGUGAUAUCAAGAAACGUCAAUUAAUUAAAAAACGUCAUGUACGACGAUCGUUUCGACGCGCAAUUCGAGGUGUCAAACGUCAUGAUGUUAAGCGUCAUCUAUUGAAGAAAAAAGAAAUUUCAAAACGAAAAGCAUUAAGAUUUAUGAAAAAACGAUUCUUUUCUCGAUAA